UUCAUAUCAUACAGAGGGCGCGAGUUGUGAAAAACGUGUGUUUACUUCGAGGUGUGUACCGUGUGUUGCAGAAGGAAUGUGUUAAAUAUGAAGACGUCCACAAGAAAUAGAAAGUUCAAUGCAUCAAAAAUUCAUCAAGAAAGAGUUAAUACUAUAAGAUCAGAAAAUGAAAGUUCAAAGAAGAAAACACUGUCUUACCAUGUUCAAAAAGAGAUAGUCGUACUUUUAUUUGCAAGGUUGUGCUCUGUACUUUGGAACAAUAUAUCAGACUGUGAUGAAACCUUUAAUUACUGGGAACCAACUCACUACAUGCUGUAUGGACAUGGUUUUCAAACUUGGGAAUACUCACCAGCCUAUGCUAUCAGAUCUUAUGCUUAUAUUUGGAUACAUGCACUCCCUGGAUAUAUAUUAAGUCAAUUUUUGCAUCAGAAGAUUUUGGUCUUCUAUCUGAUUCGAUCUGUUCUAGGCACAAUAUGUGUUUUUUCCGAAGUAUAUUUUUACAAAGGUAUCUGUUAUCAGUUUGGAUACAAGGUUGGCACCUUGACAUUAAUUUUUCUAACAUUUGCAACGGGGACAUUUAUAUCCAGCACAGCCUAUUUACCCAGCAGUUUCUCCAUGUACAUGAUAAUGAUAUCUUUUGCAGGAUUAUUUUUACAUCACUAUAAAGUAGCAAUCAUUUCGACGGCCCUCAGCACUCUUGUUGGUUGGCCUUUUGCUGCAGUGUUAGGUUUACCCAUUGCUUAUGACAUUGUAAUAUUGAAAAGAAAAUGGUAUUUUUUUAUAAAGUGGUGUGUAAUAUCUUUGGUCAUUAUCUUAAUUCCUAUUGUUUUUAUUGAUUCAUACUAUUAUGGUCGUCUGGUAAUUGCACCACUGAAUAUCAUGCUGUAUAAUGUAUUCAGCAAAAAUGGUUCUCAGUUAUAUGGUGUAGAACCAUGGACAUAUUAUUUCUUCAAUGGUUUCUUGAAUUUUAACAUUGUUUUCAUUAUGGCAUUUACUUCUUCAUUAACCUUGGUUUUCUACCAAUUUAUGUUUCAUCCAUCUUGGACCCACAAACCAAACUUUAUCAAACUUUUAGAAAGCAUGAGUGCUAUGUAUAUUUGGAUUAUCAUCUUUUUCUUACAGCCUCAUAAGGAGGAGAGAUUUUUAUUUCCAAUAUAUCCCUUUUUUUGUCUAUUUGGAGCACUUACUACUGAUUUAUUUCAGAAGACACUCAACAUUGCAUUCCAAAGGUAUCACUUACCAUUUGCCAAAUUGUUGACUUCUACAAUCUGCAUGACAUUUGUUACAAUAUCGCUGUUACGUACCGUUGCCAUUUACAAAGGUUAUUCAGCUCCGAUUCGGAUUUAUUCUAGCCUGGCAAAUACGGCGGAAAAUCGUCCAAUGCCAUUGAUGGAUGAAAUAAACGUCUGCACUGGUAAAGAGUGGCACCGUUUUCCUUCACAUUUUUUCCUUCCCUCAAAUUGGAGGUUGCAGUUUCUUCAGUCAGACUUUCGUGGACAAUUACCAAAGCUGUAUAGUAACGAGACGGCAGCAACACGCAUCAUUCCAAAAGACAUGAAUGAUGAAAAUCGCGAAGAGACUUCCAGAUACUUUGACAUCAAAAGGUGUCGCUAUCUUAUCGAUGCUGACUUUCCCCGAAGUUCCAUCCUCGAACCCAGAUACUCGCAAGAUGCAGGAAAAUGGAAAGUGAAAUUUUCUGAAUCUUUUUUAGAUGCAGAAAGGUCGCCAAAGUUGUCUAGAGCUUUUUAUAUUCCAUUUAUUACUGAAGACAAUUGUAAAUAUGUAAAUUAUAAUUUGUUAGAAAAAACUGUGUAGAAAAAAUAAAACAAUUUAUAUU